UUACGAAAAAGAGUGUCAAGUCGGUGUAGGAAUGUGGCACUUCAAAAUGGCUGCCAGUUACUUUAGUAAUUUACGGCUGUACCUUUCUUUGUUGUUGCUGAAGUAAUUACGAUUGUAAAUUGGAAUAGCACAGAAUUAGUUUUAAGGGAAAAUAGUGAAUUAAAAGUUCUAUGUGCACGUUAACCUCGUCACAUGGAUUCUGUGGAAACGUGAGAAUAGAAUAUGCUCUGAAGUCGUUCUCUCCUGAUUGCUGUUUCAGUUAAACUUAUUUCAAGAAAUUUCGUAGCCAAUGCCUUCUGUCUUCUGAAGAAAGUGUGUGCUACCGUAGCCCAUUUUACGUACAGAGGACUUUCUGGAGUGAUCCGUCACGCAUCUAAUGAAUAGAUGUAUGUAUAUAUAUAUAUAUAUGUCACAGCCGGAUUAAAGCUAGGUCUGAGAAGGCCUAGCAUGGGCCACUAUGAAUCCACCCACGGUUAGCAAAUCGAGCACUCGUGGCUCUGGAUAUCAUCAAAAAGCUUUGGCUGAAAUUCGCAAUUCUUUGCUACCUUUUGCGAAUAUCGGAGGAGCAGGCGAAGUAGGUUCCAGCGCUGCUAGUACUAUAUCUACUUUAUCAACGACCAGUGGCAUUAGUUCUGCUUCAGGACUUAGUGGUCUCUCUGCAGCUUCAGGUUCUACCAUUGAUAAAUCUGAUCAACGACAAUUACUAGCUCAGCUUUUAGCAAUGGGAUAUUCAGAGGAAAUUGCAAUGCGCGCGUUGAAGUUAGCUGGUUGGCGUCUAGAUGCAGCUAUAGAAUUCUUAAAGCAGGCACAGGGAGAAUCUUUGAACGGUCUCGGUAAACUUAACAGCAAAUUAAUAAGGAAACCUAGUUUGGAAAGAGAGUUGAGUUUACAACGUGGUAGUCCCGCAUUGGAUAGUGGAGCAGGAAGUUCACGAUCCGAUAGUCCACGUUUGACAGAACUUAGCCCACAUCCGCAAUUGAGUCGACAAUAUUCGCCGAGCAAUUUUGUAGAACGAGAACCACCUCCUCCUCCACCUCCUAGAUGCAGUUCUACACCACCGCCGCCGCCACCGCCUCACGCUCCAUAUAAUCAGCCAAACGUACCUACUAAUAUGCAGCAAAUGCUUAAGAGAAUGUCUCCUGCUCCGGUUGUUCCAACGCGGCCACCUCCUACUACACCUGGUAAUACUGGACCAAUCUCAACAUCGGUCAAUCUACCACAAAGAGGUACAAGUCCGGUAGCGAGUUCAAAUAAUAAUUCUAAUUGUCGUCAGCCCAUGAUCGUUCAGAAUGGUCCGCAAGUUCAGCAACAACUUUCUCAACAAAUGCAAGCUCUCAGUAUUUAUCAAACAAGCAAUAACAGUACUAAUACUCAAGUCGAACCACCACCGCCGUAUCCCAUAGUGUCUUCUUCGUCGGCUGGUCCAGUACAACCACCAUCUUAUAGUGCCUCUAUACAAAACAGGCAAAGCCCUACGCAGUCUCAGCAAGAUUAUCGCAAAAGCCCUUCCUCUGGUAUCUAUUCCGGUCCAACGUCGGCCGGUUCUCCAAGUCCGAUCACCGUUUCCGCUAUAUCUCCGAGUACACAAGCAUCGAUGGCUAGACCGACUCCAUUACAAGCUUGGGGUGCACGACAAGCGAAAACACAACCACCGAUCAUUAUGCAAUCUGUUAAGAGUACACAAGUACAAAAACCUGUAUUACAAACUGCAAUCGCACCGACUUCUCCACAACCGAUUUCCACUACUAGUAACACACCUCCACCUCCACCAUCGUACGCAUCGUCCAUUCAACAAAAGCAACAACAGCAACCACAGCCGCAACAGCAGCAACAGCAACAGCAACAGCCGCAGCAGCAACAGCAGCAACAAUCGUCACAACAACCACCACCUGCGUAUCCACCAUUGAACAGUGGCACAAUUGGUGCAACAUCGACAAAUAAUAUAAACUUGGGUGUUUCGGUAGGCGUGCCUACUACAGAACCGCCAAGCUACGCGACAACGAUGCAAGCAUUAGCAGCACAACGAGGCAUGCAUCACCCAGUACCUCCACCUCCCUAUGGAACAGCUACCACCGAUGAUCCUAGCUGCAUAUCGACGAUAGAUAAUAACACGACCCUAAGGUCUUCUCCAGUCGCAUUACAUCCUCCGUUACAAAGAAAAUAUUCACCGGCAGAUGGAUGUCAACAUCCUGCAGAAGCGCCGCCUUUACCUCCAGUAACAUCCACGUCCAUUUCUUUGAGAACUAAUAACAACGUUGGUAACAAUGGUAACACCAGUAACAACAACAGUAAUAGCAGUAGUGGUGGCAACAGCAAUAACAACAACAACAAUAAUAAUAAUAAUCAUUCACCAGACAGCAAUGGAGCAAAAGGUGCUGGUUCAUCGCCUUCGUCUUACAAAAUCAAGCAUCAGUCUCCAAUACCGGAGCGCAAACAUAUGAGUAAAGAAAAAGAAGAGGAACGCAGAGAUUGUAAAGUCCGUAAUUAUUCUCCGCAGGCGUUUAAAUUCUUCAUGGAACAACACGUUGAAAAUGUAUUAAAAUCUCACAAGCAACGAUUAUACCGUCGGCUUCAACUGGAAACAGAAAUGGCUAAAAUAGGUCUUAGCGCGGAAGCUCAAUGUCAAAUGAGGAAAAUGUUGUCACAGAAGGAAUCGAAUUAUAUUAGAUUGAAACGGGCAAAAAUGGAUAAAUCGAUGUUUACGAAAAUCAAACCAAUCGGAGUUGGCGCUUUUGGCGAAGUAACGCUUGUUAGGAAACUCGAUACCAAUCAAUUUUAUGCUAUGAAGACUCUAAGGAAAGCGGAUGUGUUAAAUCGUAAUCAAGUUGCUCAUGUUAAAGCUGAAAGAGAUAUAUUAGCAGAGGCUGAUAACGAAUGGGUUGUGAAGCUCUAUUAUUCCUUUCAAGAUAAGGACAAUUUAUAUUUUGUAAUGGACUAUAUACCUGGUGGCGACUUGAUGUCGUUGCUGAUCAAAUUUGGCAUUUUUAAGGAACCUCUAGCAAGAUUUUAUAUUGCUGAGCUAACGUGCGCGGUAGAAAGUGUUCAUAAAAUGGGUUUUAUUCAUAGAGACAUUAAACCGGACAAUAUUUUAAUUGAUCGAGAUGGACAUAUCAAAUUAACAGAUUUUGGCUUAUGUACAGGAUUUCGUUGGACUCAUAACUCUAAAUAUUAUCAACAAAAUGGACACGGCAAACAAGAUUCGAUGGAUCCUGCCGACGAUUGGAAUAACGAAUGUCGUUGCAUCCAGUUAAAACCAUUGGAACGUAGAAGACACAGAGAACAUCAAAGAUGUUUAGCCCAUUCUUUGGUUGGAACACCGAAUUAUAUCGCACCAGAGGUACUACAAAGGACAGGGUAUACUCAGUUGUGCGAUUGGUGGAGUGUCGGUGUAAUUUUAUAUGAAAUGUUAGUUGGUUCUCCACCUUUUCUUGCUAAUACUCCAGCCGAGACACAAUACAAGGUGAUCAAUUGGGAAACUACUCUGCAUAUCCCGAAGCAAGCAAAUCUAUCCGCUGAAGGUAUGGAUUUGAUACUAAAAUUAUGCGUUGGUGCAGAUCGGCGGCUAGGUAAGAAUGCAGAUGAAGUAAAGAAUCAUCCAUUUUUUGCGAGCAUUGACUUUGAAAAGGGACUGCGUCGGCAAGUAGCUCCUCACAUACCUCGAAUACAAUAUCCUACCGAUACAAGUAAUUUUGAUCCAGUGGAUCCCGAUAAAUUACGGAAUUCGGAAUCGUCCGAUUCUAACAAGUCCGACGAAUUACUAGAUAAUGGCAAACCAUUUCAUGGUUUCUUUGAAUUCACCUUUAGACGCUUCUUUGACGAUGGUGGUGGUCCUGCGUAUCCUAGUCGAAUAAGUUUGGACGAUAAUGACAAUCAAGGUCCAGUUUACGUAUGACAGUAGCUUUAGAACUUUUUGUAUCCGCCAAGUCGACAAUAACGCAAUCUUUCAUAUAUCUCUUCUUCUUUUUUUUUCUUUUGGGAAAAAUCUGAGUUUGUAAAUAUUAUCCGAAAAAGUUUCUUCUGAAUCGACAAGUAGUUAGAAUAAUGUGAAUCAUAAAAUUCUUUGUUAAAUCGUGAAUGCGCACGCGCACGCGCGUCUGUGUAUGACAGAGGGUAUGCGAGUGAGAAAGUGUGUGUACGUGUGUGUUUGGGUUGAAGUGGACAAGUGAGCAUGCAUACACGCGUGCGCGCACAUACAUAUAAGUACAGUGUGUAUAUGCGCACACCAUGCUAUGUUUUACAUGGGAAGGAGAAAAAGAACAAUGGUCAUACAUAAAACGGAAACCCUCGCGUUUGUUCCUUAGUUUCAAUAACAUAUCAUACUCGUUUGUUUUCUAACUUGUUUUUUUCUUUUUCUCUCUUUUAUUCUUCUUUUUCUUACCCUUGUGUUAUAAUCGCAGAGUCGUUGAAUGAAUCGCUAUUUUUGAAAGGGCAGACUUUUCUUAAUUGAUAACUGUUGGGAUUAUGCAGUAUUGUAGAGAAUGGAAUUAUAUGUAAUUGUAAAAUUCAAAUUUGUGGGCAUUCGUCAUGUUUUUACACGAUACAUUUCUAUAGACUUUUAUUAUUAUAAUGUGACGCGAUCAUUCUUAAAAUUUCCUAUAAAGUGUGGUAAAAAAAAGGAAAAAAGAAAAAAAAUAUGUACGAAUUUUUAAGAAGAAUAUGAAAUUAAUUUUUGAUAAGGCAUAUCAAUUUCUAAACGUGAUAAUUACAAAUUAUGUAAUGAUUACGAAUCGAAAGAAAAAAAAGAAAACGACCGAUGGUUGGACAAUAUAUACUCGUAUAUAGUAUGUUUAUAGAAAGAAAAAUAUUGUGCUUGCCAUUAUCAUUGGUAUUGGCUCCUGUGCCUAUCGGAAACGUGUGUUUGUAUGUUUCAGCAAGUACUGUGAUAUUGCAGAUAAUUAGAAUAAUGCGGCUUUUAAAUCUAUUGGCCUUAUUUAACUUCUUUUUUUUAUAUUGAACGAUUAAUAACGUGACAAAUAUAUUAAUAUUAAUUGUUA